AUGGGUUUAACUUCUACAAAACAGUCAACACUAACAAGUGCAGAUUAUUCGUUAACAUUAUCAUCGGAUUAUUAUCGAGCACAAGAAACAAUUGUGGGUGAAUUACAUCUUAACAUUCGGACAAAAUUACGUAUCGAAAAAGAAAUUCGUAUCGAUUUAAUUGGAGAAUUAAUUGAUAAACGAUCAAGACGUACUGGUCAGAAACAAUCGUCAGCACAAUCCAAUAAAAAUAUAUUCUUCACUUAUCCUCGUAUAUUGGUUACAUCGCAUGAAAAUGGUACAGCUCGUGUAAUCAAACAGCAACAAAUUACUUAUCCAUUUCGUAUUCCAUUAGGUAUGUCAUUACCGCCUACAUGUGAUUUUAAAGACAAUUUUUCGAUCAAUUAUUAUCUUGACAUAAUCCAUGAUAGGCAUUUGUUACCACAAACACACAAACGACUAUUAAUUGCUCCACCACAACCAAACGUUAUUUGUCCACAGCCUGUUCAAGUAAAUGGUUCAAAUGAUUUGAAGAUUAUCUGUAGUUUGCAAAAAAAUUGUUAUUCAUGCUUGGAAUCUGUACCAAUUACAGUUCACAUUAACAAUCCCAAACAAAAACAAAUUCUACAAAUGACCGCUCAAUUAAUACAGUUAGUGCAAUUAAAUAUGAAUAAACGUGAAUAUGAAAUAUUUACAGCAUUAUUAAAUGAAAUUCCAGAAAAUGAUAAAACAUCAACAAUGACAACAAAUUGUGAAAUUAUUCUACCAACAGAUUUAGUUCCAACAUUUGUAACAAACGAUCAAAUUCAUCCGGAUAAUUUGCCAGUUAUCAAUGUUCAAUAUGAGUUUAAAAUAACUGCUCAUAUGAAAGGCACAUUGGCCACAAACGUUAAACUAACGCUGCCCAUUACUAUUAAUUGA